AUGCACAACUGGAGCAGAAUGCACAACUGGAGCAAGAUGUUGUCGUCCGGCCUUGUAUUAUCGUAUCUAAUAGCAGGCGCGGUGGGAUCAUGCGGCCAAGGGUUUAUGCUUAUUAAAGGACAUUCGAGUCCACAGUGUCAUUCAUCUGUCGAGGAGUUUAGUUUCAGCAAGUCCACGACGCACACCAAUGCGCUGAUGGAUUUGACGUCCUUCUUAGUUAUAAACGACUUGACCGGUGCUCCGAACGCUGGACUUAACACGUACAACCAGCCGAACUGGCAAGGAACCCCGUCCUUCAUACCCCAUGUGCUUCUUAACCCUGGAGAUUGUUGGACGACAAAGGGCCUGUUCAAAAGCUUAGAGAUACUAGGACUCAGUACGAAAAGAAACGAAAUACCGCCGGUUGCCCUGGAACUGACGGGCGCUGCGGAAAAUGACACUGCUGCUGGGAAUCAGACAGCACCUUGGAAGCGAGGGGAUCCCCCUAGGAAUUACUACCUCCUCGAUCUAGAGACAGGAGUAAUCACAAAAACCGCUCCACCAUUGACCAGGCGAGAUGCAGUCCAGAGCCCAGCUGGUAGACGGUAUACCCAGGGGCAAGUUACCCUCAGGCUGCUGAAUGAGGGCACAUCAGGUGGCCGGACUUUCGGCCUUUCGGAGGGCAAGGUUUAUACCUUGGCCAAGGACAUAUGCCAACAAUGGGAUGGGCAAGAUGACGCAGUUUCCACUCUCCAUGAUGAUUGUGGGAACUCCGUGGAGCUGUCUUAG